GGUGCCUCCAAGAAGCACCCCACCUUGGUGGCCUACCAGGGAGGAGGGGAGGAGAUGGCCAGCCCGGACCAGGUGGAUGACACCUACCUGCAGGAGUUCUGGGAUAUGCUGUCGCACACGGAGGAGACCCAAACGGAAGGAGGAGGAGGUGGAGGAGGGACAAAGAAGCCCGAGGGGCUGAAGGAGAACCAAGGUACCGAGGGGCCCCAGAACAGGGUGGUGGUGAAACGUGGUGGCCUCCACCAGAUCCCCAUUCACCUCAGCCACAAAGAGGAGCAGAAGGGCCGGGAGAAGGAGCAGCACGAAGGCGUCCCCAACAGCGAUGAGGGCUACUGGGAUUCUACCACUCCUGGUCCCGAGGAAGAUGUUUCCACAAGCAUCCAGAAGGAGACCAUUCCCAGGGACAGCUACAGCGGGGAUGCUCUCUAUGAUCUCUACACUGAGCCGGAUGAGAACCCACCAACGGGGCCUACGGAUGAAGAGGUCGCCUGCGUGCCACGCUCCAAGCCCGUGUCUCCGAUAACAACCACGUGCUCCCUGAAGACCCCCUCAAGCACAGUGAAGGACUCCAAGAUACCUAUCAGCAUUAAACACCUUUCAUCGCAUCCUGCCAGCCAUGGAGCAGAUGCCAGUAACAGCCAUCACGUCGCACACCAUCACCUGGCCAAAAGUGAGAUGCACAGAACAAAAAUCCCUGUCUCUAAAGUACUGGUACGCCGGGUCAGUAACAGGGGCUUAGCAGGGACAACAGUGAAAGCUGCCACGUACCAGGACAGUGCCAAAAAGUAG